AUGUAUUAUCUAAAUUAAGAAGUUUUGCGGAGUAGAUAUCACCAAUUUACACACUUCAAUAUUCUCGAUCAACUUGAACCAAUCUACCAAUCUCUUAAGUUCUCCUUAGAGUCCAGAGACAGAAACACCUUCUUUUAAGAAAAAGUGCAACAAUAACCAGAUUGUUUCCAAGUGAAUCCUAUUUAUGGGUUUACACAAUAAGCAAAUGAAUUGUAUGGUAGUUAUGGACAACCAACUCAACUUUGCUUCUAUAUGCAUCGUCAAAAGAGGUAUCUGAUGAUUGGCACUCAACAUUCUGUGAUCAUCUGCAUUGAAGUGGUGAAUGGAAGAGUGGAGUCCAUCCAAGCCAUACUCAAUGCAGGUGAACGACAAACAAGAUAUGGCUCUGUAUUGGCAAUCUAAUGUUGGGAGAAAUAUAUGUUGGUUGGUUUUGAGAGAGGAGACAUUCAAUUAUACGAGGUAGGUCGGAAAUGGGAACGCUUGCAUCAUGAAUCCAGAUUGCAUUCAGGCAGAGUGAUGCAAGUCCUAUUCAUACCAUCCUCCACUAUCGAAGCACUAUCUCUGGAUGAACACGGAGUCAUCUACAAACAUUCCUUCACUGUGAUGACUGUCAUGGACAAAUACAUCGUCACUCAUUCCAAAGACAAGAUCUAUAAGAAUGGCAAAAUCUAUCACAUCAAACGCAACCCCCAAUAGCCAAAAUAAAAGCAGUCCUCCUGGUGGGAUAGCAUAUUCAAAAAAGAAGAGGAAGUCACUGAUUAUACAGAUCCAUCAGCCAAGCACUCCAGUGACACAGAGGGCUAAUAGACGAAGUUUGCUCUGGAUAUUAAGUUGAUGCCUGAAGCUAUGACCCAGUAACUCAAUCAAAAUAUUUAAUAAGUAGUGAUUGCUGCUGUAUUAUAUUCUAAUCGCGUUGAAAUUCUUAAAUUCUAUAAAGGGUCUUUGAAAUGUGAGAUAGUGUAUACUCUGAAAAGACAUACUUUCUCAAUUGAUGUCCCUUAAAAUGAUAGUAAUGAAAGUGGUGAAUUGUCGUGGGGAGAGGGGUACUUCGAAAAGUCAUAUCAGAAUGCCAAGUUGUUGUGUAUAAGAUGGGGUGACAUAUUUCAUUUAGUCAAAUGUAUGAAUAUAGAGGAUGAACUAGAAAUUGUAGAAGGUGCUGUUUAUAAGUUAGAGAAAGAGAAAGGGAAUAUAAUUAAGAGUUCCUUUUUAACAAAUAAUAUCAUUUAUACAUUUUCGGAUUCUAAUUGGGUUGCUUUAAUUCAUACUACAUAGUUUUAAUUUGCUAAGCAAGAUGAUGGGAUUGUCAUAUUGGAAUCGAAAACAAGAAUGCUGUCAAAGGAAGAUGUCGAACCAUAGGUUGCUGAGAUUUGUGUUUCAUAUGAAGGUCCAAGUAUACCUUGUCAGGUAUAAAUAUACGAGAAUGGAAUUGUAUCAUUGAGGAAGAAUAACAUUUUAAUAGAGAGACUCCAAACUUGGAAUGAAUAUCUAGAGGAUUUGAUUGAGAAGAAUCAAUGGGAGAAAGCCAUGCAUUAAGGAAUGCUGAUCUACCAAGGAUAAAUUAAAAUACUGAGUGAGAUAGCUUCCUCUCUAUAAGCACGUUAAGAAUAAAUGAGUUAGAUGUUCCAGAAGAUUGCUUUUACUCAUAUAAUGUUUGCACUGAAACCAUUGGAUAUCCCAUUAUCUUAAUAAGAGAAGGAGAAUAAAAUAAAAAAGACAAUAGAGUUCUUGCUCAGAGUUGAUAGCAUGACUUAUGCUUUGGUUGUGCUGAAGGACUUCUUCAAGGACAUAUAAUAGAUGAAGUUGUAUUUCACUUGUUUGGAUCCCUUCAUUAAGAACAAAUAAAUUGCUGUGAUUCCUGAAUCGUUCUUUGUGGACUACGUCAAUUUUUAUUAAAAUGACAAGGAGAUGAUACAAUAACUCAUACUGCAAUUAGAUUUACAUCAACAAGAACCUACUCUUCUAAUCAAGGUCUGCAUGGAUUAUCACUUGUACAAGGCCAUGAUUUAUCUGUGCACAAAGUAGGGAGACUUCAUCACUGGAUUAAUGAAACUGAUGGAUCUUUGGGAAAAUAAAUGGUAAUUGGAAUAGAAGGAGUCAUGCCACAUUGAGAAGGAGAAGUUGCGGAAGUUCAGAAUUAAACUAGGAUACAGUAUUUUGGCCUACUUUCGUAUGUGUGUGAAGGGUAUUAAUAUCCUGGGAGAGAGGGUGCCACACAAUAUCUAUUUCGAUAUGUUAAGGGGAUUGGUUUCAUUCAUCUUUAAUACAGAGAAUUUAAAACAAUUCAUACUCAUUGACAUUCGACUAUCACUUCAAUUGCUUAUGUAAUUCAUGCAGCAUCACAUCUAUACCAAUAUCAAAUCAGCCACUCUCCCUGGGAUUAAGUUUGAGAUCAUCGAUCACGUCCCUGACAUCCUGAAAUCGAUGCUUAGUUCCAUAGAGAACACCAGGGAGGACCUUAAAGCUCAGGAACACUAUCAGAUAGUUUAUAAUGACAAGACUGAACAAUAUCAUUAAAUAUCCCUUGCUGAAUAACUUAAUCAUUUCUUGCUAUUCUACUCUGAAUUACUAAUGCAAUUCCCAUUGUAAUUCAAAAAACAAUUCAAAGAGAAACUAGUCCAAGAUCUCCUGUCUCCAUCCUAUUUCGAAACCUUGAAACAAUAUAACUUCAACAGUCAAGAUACUGAUCCCAUCUACUUAGAGUCUUACGAAGUCAAUAAGAAUGCCUACUUAAUUCACCUGUAUGACACUAGUCAAUUGAAUGACGUCUCCGUUGUUUUCGAUGGAAGCAUCCCAUUUCCUGAAUUCCGUACCUUUCUCAUAUACAAACAAAACGAUUAUAUCACCUGCAUUUCUAAUUACUUUCAGAUGCAGAACAGUAUGAUGAAGAGAAAUGUAUUUGAAGUCAUUGAAAGACUGUUGAUUUACUCUAAUGCUUAAUUGCUGAUGUAGUUGUAAGAGUUUAUAAUCGAGAAUUGCGAUACCUUGAUGAACAUUAGUCAAUAGUAUACGAAUCGAAUUUUCAAGGAGUACUUCCACGAUCUCAAAUUGUAAAUGCAAAUCAUUCAAAAAUUAGAAAAAACACCAUAAAACCAAUUGCAUUACCUCAAACAAUACAUCAAAAAUGAAAAGGCCUCCGAUUCAAUUAGAUUACUGUAUCUUGAUCUCCUGUGUUAAAGAGCACCCAAAGAGGUAUUGAAAGAUGUCCAGAAUGGAGACUUCCCUCUAGACGACGCCUUGGCCAUCUGUGAGAAGUAUAAGGUGUACAAUGCUGCUGCCUACCUGCUUCAGAAGAAUGGAGCCAUCUAGAAGGCUCUGGAUAUGUUGACUCUGCUGUUUAUCAAUAGAUUGAAGGAUUGUCACAAAUCGUUCGCAAGAUCAAAGACAGUCUCAGAAACUGAUUAAGAAGAGAUCUUUGAGAAGUUGAAUUACAUCAUUGAUCUCUGCUCGAAAAUUGAAGACGAUGGAUAUUGGUUUUAAUUUUUAGACUCUUUUUUCAAAUAGCAUAAACUGGAACAAUUGACUGAUCUUAAAGUCCCUGAAGCCCUCAGAAAAUUGCACGGAGAUAUUGUAUCCGAAGUGUUCUUAGCCAUGUCCAAAUGCAUAGAAUUGGACAGACUCUUGGAUAAAAUGAAUCAACUCUAUGGUUCUAUUCCACUCAGAGUGUUUUUCAAGACCAACAAAUCCAUCUAGGAAAAGUUCGCUUUUGAAUUGCCUUCCUAUAACAUUGCCAUGCAAUAGACUGAUAUCACUUACAAGGGAUUAAGCAAAAAACUCUUUCAAUAGAUGAAUCAAGGAGUCUGUGUCGAUCGAUACUGCGGAGAAUGCAAUGAUCGAAUCACUAAGUGUACAAAAGCAGUGGCAUUUUAAUGUGGACACAGUUACCAUUAAGAAUGCUACAUCGAACUCCAUGGCAAUAGUCAAAAGAGUUUCAAUAGUUUGAAAUUGAAGAAUCAAAAAGUGUUCCAGGAAUGCUUUAUCUGUUUGGGCAGCAAUGAAAAAUACAUAUCCCAUCUGAUUGUCUAGGCUAGUUUGAAAAAGUCGAAGUUUGAUUUCGAUAAAUACUUACACAGACAAGCCAAUGUGGUGCCUGAAUCAAAACAAGUUGUUGUGCAAUAUGACAAAAUAGAACAAAGAGAAAAAGCAAUAAAGAAACUGAAAUAAGAUGACUUUAACAAAUUGUAUAUAAGAGAGUCUGCCUUAAAUUGGACGGAAUGGUGA